CACCCACCAUGUCCCUCGGCUCCAUGGCCGGCGCCGUCUCUCCCUCUUAUAUACCCCGGUCUAACUCCUCCCUCUCCCCAGAUCACAGCAACGAGAAGCAACAAGCAAGUCGACCAGAACCAACAGCCAGCUCUCUGUCUCCGGCAAUGGCGCCCAGCUUCGGCCGCUCCAUCUCAUUCCCUCUCAGCCCGGCGCGCGCCUCCAGGCCCCGCGCCGCCGCCUACCACGUCCGCUCCGUCUCCCUGCCCUGCACCUCCCACCCGCUCCUCGCCCACCUCUGCAACCACAUCGCAGCUGUCCGCUCUUGGGUUGCUGACCCGAUCUCGGCGUCCACGGGCCUCGCCCACCUCGACGCGCUCCACGCCGCGCUCGCCGAGCUAUUCCUUCUCCCGGAAGUCCGCUCUGCGCUACACCACGGAUCCGCCACCCCAGCUUGCCUCCUCGACGGCUUCCUUGUCCUCGCCGACGCGCACGGCGCGUUCCAGGAGACGGUCGUCGAGCUCAGGGCGCACACGGCCGACGCGCAGGUGGCGCUCCGGCGCCGCGACGACAACAGGCUCGCGUCCGCUGUGCGCUCCCUGCGCCGUGCCGAGAAGGACCUUGCGCGCCUCGCCUCGUCCGUACGAUCCGUCACCAAGUUCCCAACGUUGCUCUCAGUUUCCGACAGCGUUGAAGAGGUCGAGGUGUCCGGGGCCCUCGCCGAGGCCGUGGCCGCCGCCGCGUGCGCGUCCGCCGCAGUGUUCUCAGCGGUCGAGACUGUGUCCUCCGCAGCUACGACCAAGAAGACCAUGGCAUCGUCGCUUAAAUCUCUCGUCAAGAGCAGCAAGGCUUCCUCCGACGAGGAGAAAGAGGUGGCCGCAUUAGAGAGGCUUGACGAGGUGGAGGCGUGCGUCGCCGAGAUUGAGGGCGCGAGCGACAAGUUGUUCAGGAGCAUCCUCCACACCAGGGUGGCGCUGCUCAACAUCCAAACUCACACGUGCUGUUAA